GCACGGUUCGAACACCGGUGACCUCGAUCCCCGAUCCGACGUCUCCUUUCACUUGGCCACUUCUUUCGAGAGCUCUUUCUCGCACGCCGAGCGAUUGCAUUCAAACGACGAGGCCUCAGUCAGCUCGAGUAGACCGCCUCGUUCGUCGUCAGACCGAUAUUUAGAUUUCACUUUCAUGGAAGCAGGUACGUCUGCUUGGUGAACGCUUCCGCGAUCCCGUACAGCUGAUAAAAUUCAAUGUACUAAAUCAUGCGAUUGUUGGAAUCUUGAAUAAGGAAAGUUUCAACUGGAUUAAUAAGAAGAUGUCGAAAUCGAUGAGCAUGUUGGCGAAAUUGUGCAUCCUACUGCUUCUUUACGAAUAUGCAACUUGUUUCAUCAUCCCGGAGGAAUUGCCCACUAUUCUAUCUUUAAUCUACUCGAACAUCCCACCGAUAAAAAAAGGUACCGACUCGAGGAUCGGCAUUGGUUUUCGUCUCGGCGAGCACGCGGAUUUUCAAGUACUGUUAGAGCUGGGACCACAAAUGGAGACCGAGCCCAUCGGCAAUGCUGACUCCAAGAGGCGUCGAGACGCGAUGCUCGUGUCCGCAAUGAAAGGAGAACUGGGCCCACUUGCUCAGGCGGUGGCCAAGUACCAAAUAGAACGGAAAUUGCAAAGAGAAUUGGAGAGAUUAAAGAAAGAAGAGAAACUUGUGUCACCAGUGGAUAAUGACGACAAGAAGACUGCAGCAAGUGACUGGUUAACGAAGUGGAGCAAGGACAUGGUUAAAUCCGAAGAUCAUCUAUUUCUAGAAGACGCAUCCAGUGAGAAAACCGCGAAAACACAGAUUAUGCAGAGGAUAGGGAAGCCCCCAGAAUCGAACGAAGAAGCAACGAUCUCUGACUUGAAAAAAUUGUACAGACCAAAAGAUAUUAGAAAAAGUGAAUUGCCGUAAAAUUUUGGUGAAAGUAAUAAAAAUUAAUUAAGUACAUAAUUGUUUGUGCCAAAGGAUUUUACAAGCGCCACUAGAAAAUUGUAGAAAAAUGUGUCUGUCCUGUGAGGGGUUUCAUUUUUACAAGGGCUAUAAUAGGUUGAUACUAAAACUACAUAAUUUUAGUCCGAUGGGUAAUUAAAUCGCUGUCUACGAUUAUACUUGGUUGUGUUCAUUUGUGUUUGUAUUAUAAAUAUAUACUACUGAUAAAGAAUACGAUACUAAUGCUGAUAUUGUAGAAAUAAAAAGGAAUAUAGAAUA